AUUCCUACCUACUUAUCCACCCACCCCAAAUCCCCAAGACCCCAACUACUAUCACUAUAGUAAUAUCAGAGUAGGCUAACUACCUUCUUUCUUCGCAAUCUCCUCUCACUCUUUCACCAUUGUUCACAUUUUCCCUCAAACUUUAAACCACAUUGCUACAUUGUACAAUACAAAUUUAAAUCUUUAAUAUUUACUAUACAACUUUGUUGUUUUUUGGGUGUAUAGGCGGAAAAAACAAUGUUGUAUAUGAGAUCCAUACGCCACACUGUAAAACCUCAGAUUCUGGGGUUCCAUUGUUGUUGGUAUUCUUCUUCAUCAUCUGCAUCUGCUGCUGCAAUUGAAGCUGAACGAACUAUUAAAGAUGGGCCCCGCCAUGAUUGGACUCGCCAAGAGAUUAAAUCCAUCUAUGAUUCUCCUGUUUUAGACAUUCUCUUUCAUGGGGCCCAAGUUCAUAGACACGCUCACAACUUUAGAGAAGUUCAACAAUGCACUCUUCUCUCUAUUAAGACUGGAGGCUGCAGUGAGGAUUGUUCAUAUUGUCCCCAGUCUUCUCGAUAUGGCACUGGAGUAAAGGCUCAAAGGCUUAUGAACAAGGACUCAGUCAUAGAGUCAGCAAAAAAGGCAAAAGAGGCUGGAAGUACACGAUUUUGCAUGGGUGCUGCUUGGAGGGACACCGUAGGGCGGAAGACUAACUUCAACCAAAUUCUAGAUUAUGUAAAAGAAAUAAGGGAAAUGGGCAUGGAGGUCUGCUGCACCUUGGGCAUGCUGGAGAAGCAGCAGGCACAGGAUUUGAAGAAGGCAGGUCUUACAGCAUACAAUCAUAAUCUUGAUACCUCAAGAGAGUUUUACCCAAAUAUUAUUACAACUCGUUCUUAUGAUGAGCGACUGCAAACCCUCGAGUUUGUACGUGAUGCCGGGAUCAAUGUUUGCUGUGGAGGAAUAAUAGGACUUGGAGAAACAGCUGACGAUCGAGUAGGUUUGCUACAUACGCUGGCUACUUUGCCUUCACACCCAGAGAGUGUUCCAAUUAAUGCACUUGUUGCUGUAAAAGGCACUCCUCUUGAAGAUCAGAAGCCAGUUGAAAUAUGGGAGAUGAUCAGGAUGAUAGGAACAGCUCGCAUAGUGAUGCCAAGUGCAAUGGUGAGGCUAUCAGCUGGGAGGAUCCGAUUCUCGAUUCCCGAGCAAGCAUUGUGUUUUCUUGCUGGCGCAAAUUCCAUCUUCACUGGUGAGAAGCUGUUAACCACUGCUAAUAACGACUUCGAUGCUGAUCAACGCAUGUUCGAGGUUCUUGGUUUAAUUCCUAAACCUCCUAGUGUAGAUGAUUCAGAAGCAGAUGAUUGCGAGGUAGUUGCAUCUAGUUCAGGUUAAGAGUCCUUCUGAUGCCUUUAGUUUGUGGGGGGUACUGCUUGGCUUUUGUGGUUGAGUUGAUUAUACCUUCACAUCAUUACUUUUAUUUUCCACCCUUUUUCUUAGUAAGGUAGAUUUUUGAUUCAUAGAACUGAUUCGAAUGUAUUGAUUCAUUCCUUGCAAAUACAAAAUUCGGAAAGAAAGUCUCUGAUCCUAAUAUUUGUGAAAAACAAGGGUGUUGGGAAAAUGCUAUAUGAAUCAGAAUGUGCGUUAUAGACUAUA